UUAGUUUUGGUACAUGCUCCGUAUUGUUAAGGUGAUUAUUUAAUUUAGUGAUUUUUUAAUAAUUUACUUUUUCCGGCAUUUGUAAUUUCUUCACCCUUUUCCCUUUUUUCUAGAUCUUUUCCGCAGGCUUACGCCACAUCCUUUCCGGCACAUAGUAAUUGCCACAUAAAUUGCAGUUCUAGCAGUUUCAAAUCAGGAAGUCCCGCUGAUCUCCGGCCUUGGAACCGGAAUUCUCCGCCACAGGGAAGACCACGAGCAAGGGUGAUAAAGUGUGUAGGAGCAUUGUCAAUAAUCCAUGGGGACUGAGAACCCCAAUCGACCAAAUUUUCCGUCAAGACAUGCUUCCACACCUUUUUCAGCUCCACAAAGUUCAACCCCUUUCCAAUCACCUGGACCUGUCGUUGGGGCACAAACAUCCAAUUUUCAGCCUCCCCCUCCCACUUCUUACUCAUCUGGAUAUGUGGCUGGAUCAGAAUCUUCUGGUUUCAGACCUAUGGCCCCAGGGAUUUCUAGUUUUAAUGACCCAUCACGUCCACCUCCAACGCCAGCAUCCUAUGGUCCCUCAGCUACUACCUCUCUCCAGCGUUAUCCAACCCCGCCGUUUUCUUCAACCUCCCAAUUUCCAUCUUCCCCGUCAUCAGCUAGACCUGUUUCAGCCCCUAUUUCAUCGCCUCCAAUUCCCCUUGCGGGUCCUCCGCAGAGCAUGAGCACUUCUCAGCCGAGUGCUGCGGUUCCUCAGUCCCCUAAUGGUCCAAAUUAUCCAGCUCCUAUGCGUAGCUUUCAGCAAUCUAUGCCUACAUUUUCAUCAUAUUCUCCGGACAGACCCAUCUUGCAACCAGGUUUUCCAGGAUAUCCUAGUCAGCAAACAACUGUCGUUUCACAACCUCCAACUGGGCAAGCUACAUUCUUUCCUUCUCAACAAGGAGGAUAUAUGUCUGCACCACCUAGCUCUUUUCUUUCACAAGGAGGAUAUUUUCCACCCAAUCCAAUGACCCCUUCUGGUUCUGCACCUCCCAUACCUCAAAUGCAUGGAUUGGUAGAAGACUUCAAAUCACUUUCUAUUGGGUCUGUUCCAGGAUCUUUUGAAACAGGAAUUGAUGCGAAAGUUUUACCAAGGCCUCUUGAGGUUGAAGACAAUAGGCAGGAGAGCCCAUUGUCAGAAAAGUUCCCUAUGAACUGCAGUUCUAGGUAUCUACGGCUGACAACCAGUGGCAUUCCAAACUCGCAGUCUUUAGCUUCAAGAUGGUAUUUAUCUCUUGGAGCUGUUGUGUGCCCUCUUGCCGAGGCUCCUGAUGGGGAAGAAGUUCCGGUAAUCAAUUUUGCCACAACUGGCAUUAUACGUUGCAGAAAGUGUCGCACCUAUGUAAACCCAUACGUGACAUUUACAGAUAGUGGAAGAAAAUGGAAGUGCAACAUGUGCCAAUUGCACAACGAUGUUCCUGGUGAUUAUUUUGCACAUUUAGAUGCCAGUGGCAGAAGAGUUGAUCUUGACCAGCGGCCUGAGCUCACUAAAGGUAGUGUGGAUUUUAUAGCUCCAGCUGAAUAUAUGGUCCGACCUCCAAUGCCGCCGUUGUAUUUUUUUCUCAUUGAUGUAUCAAUAUCUGCUGUUAAAAGCGGAAUGCUUGAGGUGAUAGCAAAAACCAUCAAAAGUUGUUUGGAUAGAUUGCCUGGAUUUCCUAGAACACAAAUUGGGUUCAUAACUUAUGACACUACCAUACAUUUUUAUAAUAUGAAGUCAUCUUUAGCACAACCUCAGAUGAUGGUUGUAUCAGAUCUUGAAGACACUUUUGUUCCAUUGCCAGAUGAUCUUCUUGCCAACUUGUCAGAAUCUAGAGCUGUCGUAGAUGCAUUUCUCGACUUCCUGCCUACAAUGUUUGAACAUAAUUUAAAUGUGGAAUCGGCAUUUGGUCCUGCCCUUAAAGCUGCAUAUAUGAUUAUGAACCAACUUGGUGGUAAACUAUUGAUCUUUCAGAACACACUGCCAUCACUGGGCAUUGGCCGCUUGAUGCUGCGUGGAGAUGAUCCUCGCCUGUAUGGGACUGAUAAAGAACAUAUGCUGAGAAUACCAGAAGAUCCUUUUUAUAAACAGAUGGCUGCUGAUUUCACCAAGUAUCAAAUUGCAGUAAAUGUAUAUACAUUUAGUGACAAAUUUACUGAUUUAGCGACAUUAGGGACCCUGUCAAAGUAUACUGGCGGUCAGGUUUAUCAUUAUCCAAGUUUCCAUGCUUCCAUUCAUCAAGAUAAAUUGAGGCAUGAAUUGGAAAGAGAUUUGACAAGAGAGACGGCCUGGGAGUCUGUCAUGCGAAUACGAUGUGGAAAAGGCAUUCGCUUUACAACGUAUCAUGGUAAUUUUAUGCUGCGAUCCACUGAUCUACUAGCACUUCCAGCUGCUGACUGUGAUAAGGCUUAUGCAAUGCAGCUAUCACUCGAAGAAACACUGCUAACUACCCAGACUGUGUAUUUCCAAGUUGCUCUGUUAUACACAUCAUCGUCUGGAGAAAGGCGCAUUAGGGUACACACAGCUGCAGCACCUGUGGUUGCAGAGUUAGGAGAAAUGUAUCGCCUUGCUGAUGCUGGUGCUAUUGUUUCUUUGUUCAGUAGGCUAGCUAUUGAGAAAACUCUUUCCUCUAAAUUGGAAGAAGCUAGAAAUUCAGUUCACCUCAGAAUUGUUAAAGCCUUUAGAGAAUAUCGCAAUCUGUAUGCUGUUCAACAUCGACUGGCUGGGAGGAUGAUAUAUCCUGAAUCACUGAAACUAUUGCCUUUGUAUGGACUUGCUCUAUCUAAGUCAACACCACUACGUGGUGGUUAUUCUGAUGUUCAACUUGAUGAGCGCAGUGCUGCUGGAUUCACUAUGAUGGCAUUGCCUGUUGCAAAGUUGUUGAAACUUUUGUAUCCUACUUUAACCCGCAUAGAUGAGUAUCUUCUGAAAACAUCUGCUUCUGUUGAGGAUUCCAGGAACAUGUUGAGAGGGCUGCCACUUACCAUAGGUAGUUUGGAAGACAGUGGACUCUAUAUCUAUGAUGAUGGCUUUCAGUUUGUUAUAUGGUUUGGAAGAAUGCUUUCACCUGAUUUUACCAAGGCUUUACUGGGUGAUGAUUUCACUGCAGACUUUUCAAAGGUUUGCAUUCGUGAGCAAGAUAAUGAAAUGUCAAGAAAGUUAAUGGGCUUGCUUAGAAAGUAUCGGCAAAGCGACCCAUCAUACUAUCAGUUACCUCACAUUGUGAGGCAAGGUGAACAGCCCCGAGAAGGCCUUUUCCUACUCAAGAAUCUAGUUGAGGACCAAAUGGGUGGUUCAAAUGGCUAUAUGGAUUGGAUUCUUCAAUUACACCGGCAAGUCCAGCACAGCUCAUAAAAUACAGUUACUCCUGAAAUUCAACGCCUGAACUCUUUGCUGCCAAGUCCUGAUAUACUUUCCUCAACUUCUCAAUCUUCUAAUCGGUGUUUUGGAGUCACCUGAGGAAUUGCCUCUACACGGUCAAGCAUGGAGCUAUGUAUUUACAUGGGAGGAACAAAUCUGGGACCCGCGUUCUUGAUGACGGAGUUGAGACAUGAGGAAAGGGGCAAAGGAAAAUAAUGAAGGUAGCCUGUGGCCUUGUAGCAAAACUUGUUGUAGCUUUCUGUUCUAUAUGAAACCCCCCAUUAUUCUCAUUUUUUGUUUUACUUUCAUGGAUGGCGAUGCCUCCAAAUGGAAAUCGUUGCGCAGUCAUUUUAGGUACUACACACAUUAUAUUAUAUACUAUAUAUGCGGAGUAUUUGCACUUCAUGGAGUUUUGAGUUCAACAUGUUUUGAAGUUAUGUCUUUUGUAGAACAUUUAAAAGGCAAUAAAAGCUUUGCAUUUUG